GGGUGAUGCAGCUUGUGGUGCCGGAGCUGCUGCGUGUGUGCGGCUGCUUGGGCCCACCAGCAGUCACGACAGCAGCAGCAGCGGGGGGUGGGGAGGUGCUGGAGGUGCGGCGGGCGGCGGCGGGAGCGGUGGAGGCGCUGUGCGAGGCCUUGGGCGCUCUCUUCACCCGCACCGCCAUCCUGCCAGUCUUCCUGGCGGCCUCCGGCACAGCCGCGGAGCUCACAGCGGCAGGGGUCGUCAUCAGCGGCGGCGGCGGCGGCGGCGGUGGCACCUCGAUUGGUGACGUCAUCGUGCCGCUCGCCGUACAGGACGUGGUGGCCGCUUGGCAGCCCCGGCAGCCCGAGGCGCUGCGCACAGCCCGGCAGUGCGUGCUGCCGGUGCUGCUGGCGUCGGUGCUUCCGGCGUGCGGGCAGCUGGAGGGGCACCUGGAGGGGCUGAUGGGGGCCGCGCAUGAGAUGCGGCACCGCUGGCUGAUGGGGGCGCUGCAGGACUACACGGCAGCCCUCACCCUGGCCUGCGUGCUGCGCCCCGCCCUGCUGGCCCCGCUGCUGCGGCUCUUUGAGGACCUGCUCUCGGGCGCCAGCACCGCACGCAUGCAGCUGCACGCGCGCAACCAGGCCACACGAACCCCCAACGGAACCGACGGCGGCGGCGCCGGUGGCAGCGGCAGCGGCAGGGGCACUCCCACAGCCGCCCUGGCCCCAGCGGCAGCCGCCGCCCCAGCCGGUCCCGCCAGCACCGCCGUGGGGCUGUGUUGUACGGCACUGGCGAGGUCGUUAGUACCGUUGGCCACGUUGGAAAUGGCGAGUCGGCGGUUGCUGCCGGGCCUGAUGGCGCUCAUGUCGUACGGCGAGCCGGAACUGCAGCGCGCCUGCGUGGGGGUGCUGGCAGAGCUGGGGUUAAGGUUCCGGGGUGACGGGCCGCGGGUUUCGGAGCAGGUGCUGGCGGUGUACGACAGUCUGUUGGAGCAGGGCAGUCAUGCCGUACAGCUGGAGGUAUUGGCGGCGGGUACGGCGCUGGCGGCGGCGGCAGCACCCUCGGCGGCGGUGUCUGCGGCUGCUGCGGCGCAGGUGGAGUGGCUGCUGAUGGCGGUGCAGUCCACGGCAAUGCGGCUGGCGGCGGCGGCGGCAUCUCCUGGCGGCGGUGCCACCCCCGAGCAGCUGCGUUCGGUGGCUGCGCAGCUGCUGGCGGCAAUGAAGACAGUGGUGCCACACGACCUGCGGCUGCCGCGAUUGCAGACAAACGUUGCCUCUGCACUGGACGCUCUUGCUCGCUGCAAGACCCUCCUACCCGACCCGCAGCAACAAGCAGCCCUGGCAGCACUGCUCAAGGAGCGACCCACGGGUCAGUCCACCGCCGGGCCCUCCAUCUCCUCCACUUCCACCUCUGCACCUCCACCACCAACCAGCAACCCCGCUGUUGCGCCCUCCGUCGCCUCCUUCACCCCUCUACGGCUGCACCCUCAGCCCUCACCCGCCGCGUCACCCCUCGCCUCCCUUGCCGGCAGCCUGACCAUGGGGUCUGCAGUGCUGCCACUGCCGCCGGGCGGCGCCCUCCAUCAGCCUCACCCGCAGCCGCAC